AUGAAUAUAUAUUCACGAUUUUUGAGUAGAUAUUUCUUUGGCACAGUGAAGAUCUUCAAGUUACCAGAUUUAGGUGAAAGUAAAAAAUAUAUAUUAAUGUAAGAGAUCAAGGAAGCUACAAUAAAAAAAUGGCAUGUAAAGAUAGGAGAUCAAGUGAAUGAAGUACGUCAUUUUUUGAUAAUAGUUCGAUCCUGUUGCGGAUGUUUCAACAGAUAAAAUGUUCACUUAAAUUCCAAGUAAUUACACAGGGAAGAUUCAUAAGUUAUUUCAUUAAGAAGAUGAAACUUGUUUAGUGGGUGGAGAUUUCUUAGAAAUAGAGAUAGAAUCUGAUAAUCAAGAAUCAACAUCACCAUAAACUAAUCAUCAUUAAGUUUAAUAAGGAGAUACAAAAUAAUAAGAAAUUCAUUAAACUAUUCAAACAAAUAAUACAUCUUCAGUAUAUUUAGAUGAAUUAUCUUUAGAAUCAUAAAUUAGCUACACCAGCAGUACGUCAUUUAGCUAAACAAAAAGGAAUUGAUUUGAGUAAGAUUUAAGGUAGUGGCAAAGAUGGAAGAAUAUUAAAAACAGAUCUUGAAAAGGUAGGAUAAUCAACAAAAGAACAAUCAUCAUCAUCAACUAAAAUUAAUAUUAAAAGUGAAUCAACUUCAACUGUUAUUAAAAUGUCAGAUUUUUAGAAAGGAAUGUAAAAGUCAAUGACUGAAGCUAAUACUAUUCCUCAUUUAUAUUUAAAAGAAGAAGUUGAUCUCACAGAAUUAGCAUUAAUGAGAGAAUAAUUAAAAAAAGAAAAGAAUAUAACAUUUAUGACUCUACUUAUAAAAUCAUUUUCAUUGGCAUUAAUCAAAUAUCCAAUAUUAAAUUCUACAUAUGAUCCAACUAAGUAAUUUGAAUAUACAUAACAUUUAUCACAUAAUGUAUCUGUAGCCUUAGACUCUCCUAAAGGUUUAGUAGUUCCCAAUAUCAAAAAUGUAUAGAAUCUAUCAAUUAGUUAAAUUCAAGAUGAAUUGAAUAGGUAAUUUCAAUUCUUAUAAAUAUCUAGACUUCGAACUUUAGGAGAAAAGGGAUAAUUGAGUUUUAAUGAAUUAUCUGGAGGUACAAUAUGUUUGAGUAAUAUUGGAACAAUUGGAGGUACAUAUACUGGUCCUCUUAUACUGGCACCAUAGGUUUGUAUAGUUGGAAUUGGUAGAUUGAUGACUGUGCCAAGAUAUGAUGCUAAAAUGAACAUAGUUCCAAGAAAAAUUGUACUUUUCAAUUUAUUAUAAUAUAGAUGAACUUAAGUUUUGGUUGUGAUCACAGAGUUAUUGAUGGAGCAACUGUAGCAAGAUUUAAUAAUGUUUGGAAAACCUAUUUAGAAAAUCCAACAUCUAUGUUUAUUCAUCUUAAAUGAUU